AUGGCCAGGCCGCUUGAAAGUAUCAAGAACAGGAAAGAACCAUUUGGUGAGACUGGUCAUAGUUACAUCGCUUUUCCAGCUCUUCCGUUUACCAACUACAGUCAUCCAUCGGAUCAUGACCAUCAUCGACAUGAACGAAGAAGCGAUGAAUACCAUCACACGUCUGCCAGAUUGCGUACCAGAGAAGCUCGGCACAAUCACCAAGGCGCGUUCGAUGUGCCCGCUAGCCAACCUGAGAAGGCGGAUUAUGUCCACACAUGGCUGCAGCGAUCACAAGCGAAUCGUGCCUGUUCCCCAGAGCCGGUUCCGGGGGACAGACCUCGAAAGGUGUCGCCGCGCGCGCACAUGGUCAAGCAGGCUAGUCAAAAGAAGAAGAGAGCACGGUCAGAGUCGCCCGAGCCAGUACACCCAAGAGAGACCCAUAGCCCAAAUGCUCUUCGGUUUGAAAAGAAAUCCCGACACAACACGAGGCUUGACAAAUACGAAUACAAGCCAGAGGUAGAUCGUAACAAGAGACGGAACCAGACCAAAGAACAUCGCCGGGAGGACAGUCACGGGUCUUUGGAGGAUGUUCAAAGACAUACCCGAAGUAAAUAUCAACAUGCGCAACGAAUGAACGAGCAUGACCAACGAACCGACCACGGUACUGCCCGUCGCCAGAGCCCCGAAGCCAGGGAGGUCGAAACUAUAUCAAGACGCCCUGAUCAUAGAUCAAGAGCGGUGGAGUCAGGACGAAGAAGCCGAAGACAGCAGGCGGAAGCUAAGGAAAUGAAGGAGCUGUCUGCGUUCUUUACGGGGAGAGCUGACGGUGAAAAAGCGGAAGCUGAGAAAAUACGCUACCGACCUCAUCGAGAACAACGCUACGACACUGCUACUGCUAGACAUCCGGCUUCAGAUAUCUGCCAGCGACGAACACAUGAUUCACCCAGCCCUUCGCUUCUUCCCAGUAGAAGCACUGGCUCUACCAGACAGCCUUCGCCUGCUUCUCUCCGGCCAGACCCCCAUGUCUCCUCGUGUGGUGAUGAUUCAGUUCUUGUUCUCCCAAAUCGUCCGAGUAGCAGAUCAACUACAUAUUUCACAUGGUCAACAAGUGACAGGGAUCCGAAUGCUAGGGCGCCAGUGUCCAACGAUUCCAUUUCAGAGAAACCACGGAAGAGCAUUCAGAGAUCUGCUCGGAAGCUUGUCCUGCAGGAGCGGGAAAUAAAGGGCCCACAUGUGGUUUCUGAGGAUUUCAAGAUCAGACCAGCUUCAAGAGCAAAGCGUCAUCCACGGAAAUCGAUAGUGUACCAGGAUGCUCAAGUCCAGACAUCUUUUGAUGCAGAUCCGAAUCAAAAUCGCCAAUACGCAAAAAAUCCUAUCCCCCAGUAUCGAGAUUCCGCAAUCAUGACAGCAGACGACAACAGUAACCUCAAACAACGUGUCUCCAUGCUGCCUGCAGAACCAUUGCCAACUAUGGACAAGAGAACUGUAGAUGAGCAGCCCUCAUCUAAUAUAACAGUAACAACGCUACUAGAUGUACCACCGCAGCCACAGUUCCAACCUCAACCACAAGCCUGGGUUACCUCUAAUGCCGGGGAUAGACUCCUUUCUCAGCCGUUUGUGGCAGCGCGUAACUUGUUUGCCCAAGGAGGCUGGCAAACAUAUCAGGAGCCUUCUUCUAAGCAAGCAUCCGGUCGCUAUACGAAACUCGUUCCGCCUGAAAGAGUUCGGGCUUUGAUCAAAUUUCAAGGCCUAUUUCAUGCCCUCCAGCUCAGCUUUUGUAUGCUCAUACGCAGGGUCCGCCUCGUGAAAGUAUGGAAGAUUACAUCCACAGGAUCGAGCAAGAAGCUCUGCAAAGUUCCACCAACAACGAAGAAAUGGAUGGAUUACAGCCCCAUGGUCCAGACCUGA